CCGCAGUAUUCCCGAGCUUUUCCCUUCCGAACUUUUUCUCUUUUUCUUUUUUCUCUUCCUUUCACGUCACUCAUGUCUUUUUCUUAAAUCAUGCGGGGCGUCCAGAUAUUUUCGGGGAAUUCCCACCCCGGUCUCGCAGAUACUAUCUGCGAGCGUUUAGGCACUGUGCCUGCCAAAGCUAACUUAGGAAAAUUUGCCAAUGGCGAGACCAGUGUCAAUAUCGGUACCUCAGUGCGGAACCAGGACGUUUACAUCAUCCAAAGUGGUAGCGAGAAGAUUAACGAUAGUGUUAUGGAGCUCCUGAUCAUGAUCUCAGCGUGCAAGGGUGGCUCAGCGAAGUCCAUUACAGCGGUCAUGCCGUAUGCUGCCCGUCCUGUUUGA